GAUAGGUUGGAUCUGUGAUUCCCCUAUCGGUUAUAAAAAGGGGUGGGGGCUGAUCAGCGAUGGUAUCAGUUCCUCGCCUGCCACAUGUGUCCAUGCCGGAUAAGAGCUCACAUAAGUCCACACCCCGCGGGGCCCACCUCAACCACAAUAACCGCAACGGCGGAGAGCGCGGGGAAGCCGCUCAGGCCAGGAACCUCGUCUCCUGGCUCUCGUUUCCACACGAGUCCGCAGAGGAAGAGACCGGAAGCGGCGCACGGCGCAUGGGAGGGUUCACCAAUCCCGCCGUCGCUCUGGCCGGAAGAGGAAGGUGCCGUUCUUAGAAGCGUCCCCGGCCAGUUCCGGCUGCCGCACGGGUGCCGUUACGGACUGCGGCGUGGGUGUCGGGAGACCCGGCUGCUCGGGGCUGCGUGCACGAUGCCUGGCGGCGGCCGCUGCCCCGACUGCGGCUCCACCGAGCUCGUGGAGGACUCGCACUAUUCGCAGAGCCAGCUGGUGUGCUCCGACUGCGGCUGCGUGGUCACCGAGGGCGUCCUCACCACCACCUUCAGCGACGAGGGCAAUCUCCGAGAAGUAACCUAUUCCCGAAGCACAGGAGAAAACGAACAAGUUAGUCGCAGCCAACAGCGAGGUCUCCGCCGAGUGAGGGACCUCUGUCGCGUCCUGCAGCUGCCUUCAACCUUUGAAGACACAGCAGUUGCGUAUUACCAACAGGCAUACCGGCACUCUGGCAUCCGCGCGGCCAGGCUGCAGAAGAAGGAGGUGCUGGUCGGGUGCUGUGUCUUAAUUACCUGCAGGCAGCACAACUGGCCCCUGACCAUGGGCACCAUCUGCACCCUGUUGUAUGCAGACCUGGAAGUGUUUUCUGGCACCUACAUGCAGAUGGUGAAGCUCCUGGGGCUGGACGUGCCGACGCUGUGCUUGGCAGACCUGGUGAAGACCUACUGUAGCAGCUUCAGAUUGUUCCAGGCUUCUCCGUCUGUGCCCGCCAAGUACGUGGAAGAUAAGGAGAAGAUGGUGUCGCGAACGCUGCAGCUGGUGGAGCUGGCGAGCGAGACGUGGCUGGUGACCGGGCGGCACCCCUUACCUGUCAUCACCGCUGCUGCCUUCCUGGCUUGGCAGUCGCUGCGGCCCUCAGCUCCCCUGCCAUGUUCCCUGGCCCGAUUCUGCAAGUUGGCCAAUGUGGACCUGCCCUGCCCCGCUGCCUCCCGCCUGCAGGAGCUGCUGGCCGUGCUGCUGCGGAUGGCUGCCCAGCUGGCCUGGCUGCAGGUGCUGCAGCUCAACCGGCGGUCGGUGGUGAAGCACGUUGGCGACCUCCUGCAGCACCGCCAGCUGCUGCUCCGCAAGGCCUUUCGGGAGGCAACUGCAGAAGCGGAGGCCCAGGAGAAGGAGCUGCCAGGGUGGGGGCAGGAGGCUGAGCAGGGGGACCAGGAGGUGGAGAACGGCUCCUCAGAUCUGCCUGAGGGCAAGCGACCACCCAGCCCUGCCCUCCUCCUCCCCCCCUGCAUGCUGAAGCCUCCCAAGCGGGUCUGUCCCACACCCCCCAUGUCCACAGUCACCGGUGACGAGAACAUUUCUGACAGUGAGAUAGAGCAGUAUUUGCGUAGCCCUGAGGAGAUUAGGGACUUCCAGAGGGCCCAGGCUGCCACCUGCUCGUAACCCUGCCGGCACACGUUGGGGUACUUCACGUCUUCUGAUGGCGGCAUGAGAAUCGCCUCCCACAGCCGGGGGAUUCGUGUAUUCGAGUCCUUAGGUUUCACCUUUCUGGUGUGAAGGAGUUGAGCGGGGCUCUGGAAUUGGCUGGACCCUGGGUCCUGCAGCAGGAGUCAGUGUGGGGGUGGCCGUGGGCAAGAGGGCCCAGGAAACCAGUUGCACAUGCCCACGAUCUGUGGGAUGGCUGUCCGUGGACUGGCAUGAAGACGCUGCAGCACUCCGCUGGGCCUUCUGCAGGCUGGUGGGCGUCUGGCAGCCUGUGGGGCUCUCACCACUCCAGGGCUUCCUCCUGAGGAGCAGAGCUGGGGGUCCCUGGCACUGUGUGUGUUCACAGGCUGGGGCGGUUUGCACUUGGUGUGAGACCCUCCACCUCGUAAUGAAAGGACCACGGGUGGACCGAGGCCGGAGCUCGAGGGCUUUGUGAUAUUUUAAUAUAUUAAAACAAGAGGCAUCUGCUAGAAAACA